AAAUCUGUUCAAAUGGAACCACAAGAAAAUGGUAGUAGCACCAGGGAGGAUGGUAACGAUAAAGUGACUGAGAAUAUUAAUGGAGUAGACUCGCCAGGUUCGAUGAAUAGCGGAGAAGCCGUUGAAGAAGAAGAGAUUCAUGAGUCAGAUGAAUAUAGUGCACAUCAUUCUCCUGACAUACAAAAAUCCGAAGAUUCACCCUCGGAGAUAUGUAGUAAUGGUAUUUCCUCGGACAAGGUUCGAAGUGAAGAUGAGGUUGAACCAUCGAUUACCAAAAUCAUCCAAAAUUCAAGCGAAAUAGCUGUAUCAAAAGAUAUUGAUAAGGGUGAAAACGAAACUGUCGAGGUAAAUGCCGAUUCAGAAAUUCCUAAUAUUGUAAAGGGCGACGAGGAGAUCAAUCACGCACUUAAAAAUAAGUCCGAGAAUGUGACACCCACCCAGGAUGACUCCGUCAACGUUCAUAUAUGCGAAACUGUUGAUCAAAAUAUCGCACCCGAAAUCGAAUCCAGUGAAGUUAUGGGGGAUGGCGCACCUUCUACAUCCGCAACCAGUGUUCGCAAAAUUACUGGCGAUCAAGAAGAGACACAUGAGACUUCCAGGAGUAAAUCAAGCAACGGACUUACAACCGAAAAAGAAAAAGAGACUUCUGAGAGAGAUGUCAAGGAAAAUGGAAUCGCAACAAAAGUUGAUCAUGUUGAUAAGGAUGGCUCGGAGUCAACCGAGCGCUCUGAACCAUCAAAUGGUAAACCAAUGAAAAAUGCUCCCAAAAAACCUUUGAGGCGCCGAAGGUCCUCUUUAGCAAACAUGAAAGACCUAACAAUCGCAAUACCUCCAAUUG